AUUUGUUUAUUUAUUUUAGGGAUAGACUUCAAGAUUAAAACUGUUGAAUUACAAGGAAAGAAGAUCAAGCUACAGAUCUGGGACACGGCGGGCCAGGAGCGAUUCCACACCAUCACCACCUCCUACUACCGAGGGGCCAUGGGCAUCAUGCUGGUCUACGACAUCACCAACGCCAAGAGCUUCGAGAACAUCAGCAAGUGGCUCAGGAACAUCGAUGAGCACGCCAACGAGGAUGUGGAGAGAAUGCUGUUAGGAAACAAGUGUGACAUGGAAGAUAAAAGAGUUGUCCCUAAAGCAAAAGGUGAACAGAUUGCCAGGGAGCACGGUAUUAGGUUUUUCGAAACUAGCGCAAAAGCAAAUAUAAACAUUGAGAAGGCAUUCCUCACAUUAGCAGAAGACAUUCUUCGAAAGACCCCUGUAAAAGAGCCCAACAGUGAAAAUGUAGAUAUCAGCAGUGGCGGUGGGGUGACGGGCUGGAAGAGCAAGUGCUGCUGAACCUUCUCCUCUCUCACCAAUCGCCAUCCACCGCCCCUUUUUUCUCGCUGCAAAACAAACCACUCUGCCCGUUUUUUAACCUGAAACCAAUGUUUUUUUGUUCCUCAUCUCCUGCCUCCCCUUGGUUUUCCGGCUAGGACAGCUUUGCCUACUCCAAUUUUCUCUCAACACAUGUAUAGGAAAUUCAUCUCCGUGACUUCAUUUCCAUGUCCCUGCUCAACUCACCACUACGUUUGGGUUGUAUUAUAGUCCCGUCCCUCCUGCCAUUAAACCCCCAGAGCAAUCAUACUCAACUCUCUUCUGCAAAUUGUAUAAGAAUAAAGGUUAGAAUUAACAAUUGAUUUUGUACAACAGUGGAAUUUUCUGUCAUGGAUCAUGUGCUUGAGUCACCAUAUUCUCUAGAUGCAUCAGCAAGAGCCAGGAAAAUCUCAUUUUCGCCUUGAGUCCAUGAGUGGGGUUUCUUUGUCCUGUGCCUUAUGUGGAAAAAGGAACUUUUAUUUUCACUUGCUUUUCUUUUUUUCUGGUGGAAGCAUGUGCAGGAGACAUCCCAUCCCCCCCGUGCCAUUGAGUCCUGACCUUUGUAGUGGUUGCUUUCUGUAACGUUGGUGUCAUGCAUCGAGGACAAAGGGUGGUGCAAAACAAAAGCAAACUCCAUGUAAUAACCUGCUGUGUCUCCUCUUGGCGAUCCCGCCGCUCCCAACUCUUCCUGCUGCCAUUUUUUUUUUCUCAUUUGCCGCUCUUUCCUUUUUUUUUUUUUUUUUUUUUUUUUUUUUUUUUUUUUUUUUUUUUUUUUGCCUGCAUGCUGCUUUGAUUUGCAUUUCUCCAUGGUGUGAUGUGUUAAUGGAAAGGAUGGCAACGCGGUGUGUUUGCCAAAAAUUUAAUACAAAGCACUGAUUUAGCUUCCGAGGUAAAAAAAUGUUGAGAUUCCUACUAACCCCUCCUUAGCCCUGUCCGUCACUAGUGACUCCCUCCUCCCUCCCKCAUAGCCCCGCCUUUCCCAUAUGGAAGAGUUAUUUGCAUGCACUAGUUUUUAUGGAGGGUGAUGUGGUUGUCUACUUUCUGUGUAURAAUAUAACAUGGAUUCCCAAACUGACAGCAGUUCAUUAACACGAGCUCCCAGCCUCUCUCCCCGCCGGCCGCUCCGAGGGCUGCGGGAGCCGGGGAAAAAAACCGAGCGGGACUGGAUGGAAAGAGAAGGAAAGGCAACAAACCAGCCAGCGGGCAGUUUAAUUUAUUACCUCCCUGGAAACUUUUCUGCUUUCCGGUGUCCAAAGCCCCGGCGUGGAGCGGCUUUUGCAGCUCCUUCCCUCUCCUGCCGCUGUCACCGGAGCCAGGACCGCCGGUCCCGGUGCCGAGCGCUGCUCCCGCUGAAUUCUUCUCCGUGAAUUCCUCUCCGUGGAUCCCUCACCGUGGAUCCCUCACCGUGGAUCCCUCACCGUGGAUCCCUCACCGUGGAUUCCCGGCCCGGAGAAUCCCUCCCGGAGCUCCCGAUGUGGACACGCCGCAGCCUCCCCGAGCCCCGCUCUGCUCCCUGUGCCUCACUCGGGACUGUCACCGCUCCGUCCCCGCCGCGCUCGGGAACGCUGAGUGAAUUUUAAUGAAAUGACGGUGUUUUUAACGUGGAACUUCUCGUCCGGAGCGGCUCCUUCCCGAGGUGUCUCCCUGUCCCUCUGUAUUUGGCAUUUUGUCCCCCGUGUGUGUUAACCCUUCCCAGGCGAGUGGCUGGUGGCUGUACAGAGUCCGGCCGCUUUUGGUUAAAUCUGCACUUUCUAACGUGAUCAAAAAGGGAAAAAAAAAUGGCGAAAUCUACAUCAAGGCUGUUUUUUUGGGUUUUUUUUUGUUUUUUUGUAUAAUCCUUGUUUUAAACGUGAGCUUUUUAUUUGGUAACAGGGGCCCUGCUCCUGUGUGUAACCCCUUUGUUGACGCUGUGCUCGUUGCAGGCACAGGUAGAGCCCRGGCCACUCGCUGGUGCCACUCGCUGCCGCCGCCGUCCCCUCGUCCCUCCCCGSUCAAUAAAACUGAAAUAUUUCUAUCGGGUCUAUUUUCUGUUCCUGUCCAAGCUCGAGCUGCACCCGCGGGCUCAGGCGGGGCGGGGCCGGGAGGAGGGAGCAGCACGAGUCGGUGCCGAUGCUGAAACAGAUAAAAAAAACCCUAAAAAUAAUAAUAAUAAUAAUGAUCAGAGGAGUUUGCAGUAACUUGAUGGUAUCUGAACUCCCUGCUAGUUCCAAACUAACUGCUUGUGAAAUCUCUGCUUGGAACCCCAGCCCAGCCCUGUGGAGUAGAGAARGGCAGCGGGAGGUGACAGCAGCCCCUCCGUGCCCCCGGCCCCGCCCGCGGAGGGAGCUCAGCGCUGCCCUUUUGUCACCAAAAAAAAAAAAAUAAAAA